CGAGUGGGCGGCCUUCUGCGCUUGCGCAGCGGAGGGCGGGCCUUCUUCCUUCUCGCCGAACGCCGCCGACAUGGUGUUCAGGCGCUUCGUGGAGGUUGGCCGAGUGGCCUACGUCUCCUUCGGGCCUCAUGCCGGGAAGCUGGUCGCGAUCGUGGAUGUCAUUGACCAGAACAGGGCCUUGGUUGAUGGACCCUGCACCCGGGUGAGGAGACAGGCCAUGCCUUUCAAGUGCAUGCAGCUGACUGACUUCAUUCUCAAGUUUCCACACAGUGCCCGCCAGAAAUAUGUCCGAAAGGCCUGGGAGAAGGCAGACAUCAAUACAAAAUGGGCAGCCACAAGAUGGGCCAAGAAAAUUGAAGCCAGAGAAAGGAAAGCUAAGAUGACAGAUUUUGACCGUUAUAAAGUCAUGAAAGCAAAGAAAAUGAGGAACAGAAUAAUCAAGAAUGAAGUCAAGAAGCUUCAGAGGGCAGCUCUGCUGAAAGCUUCUCCCAAAAAAGCCCCUGUUGCUAAGGGUGCUGUAGCUGCUGCCGCCGCCGCCGCUGCAGCUGCCAAGGUUCCAGCGAAAAAGGCGACCACUGCUGGCAAGAAGGCUGCAGCCCAGAAGGCUCCGGCUCAGAAGGCUCCGGCCCAGAAAGCCGCGGGCCAGAAGGCAGCGCAGCCUCCUAAAGCUCAGAAGGGCCAGAAGCCUCCAGCCCAGAAAGCACCUGCACCAAAGGCAUCUGGCAAGAAAGCAUGAGAGGCUGUUAAAGUAAUAAAGGCUCUUGAUGACUUGUCUGUGGA